UUCAAGUAUUUCCGCUCUCGACUCAAGUGUGCAAUCGAAAGUGAAUCCGCAUCCGCAUCCGUGUGCCGCUUCCGUUAUAACGGAACUGUUGUCCUUACCAAUUCUCGCUUUGCCUUCCCGGCUGUUUGCUCUACGUGGGUAAUUUUUUAUAUCAAUAAAAGUUUAUCUGAAGGUACAUGCACACACAAAGUAGUUGGGCGCCAGUAUUUAUCUGGGCUUGGUUCCGCACUCACAAGCCCUCAAAACGAUGGGAAAUGUUUCAAAUGGUUUUAUAAAUAUAAAGUAGUUUUUGGAAAGGGUCAGAAGGAAGAAAACUCGUUGGAAAAACUUCGUUUGAUAUAAGCGAGUACUACAAUAUUUCCAUUCCCUUUGAUACAGCCGAUUAAAUAUUAGCAGCAAAACAAAAGACGUCGAUAUUUAUAGCAUCUAUGGCUUCUGAAACUGAUCGAUACCAUCCACAUUGUUAACUUUAAAAUCCUUUUGUCCAAUAAUUUACUAAUAGCGACAAAACGUACCCAAUUAGCUUGUUAACAUGUUGCCUUAAAAGUUAUAAUGAGAUAAAAGAAAGUCCACUGAAUGAGCUUCUUUAAAAAUACCAAUACCACACACACCAGUGCCCUUUUGGCAGAAGAAAGCCCCUUACCCUUUGAAUUUCUGCUCUUUCUCCUCCAUUUGCGGUUUUGUACUGAGGUUUGUUGUUUCCGUUGCCUUGUUGCAUUUGACAUUAUGCGCAUUAAAUGCGCUUGGAAUGCUCUGCUUCCUCCGGCUGCUAGGACUCCUGCUUCCUUCCACAAACACAAACUGCCACUGACAAUGAUAAGCGGACGAGGAGGAGAGCCGGAAGUGUUGGUAAGGAGGCAGGAGAGCCGGGAGCUAAGAACCAGGAGCCGGGAGCUGGGAGUCGGGAGACUGCAGACAGAGGUAGACAGCUGCCAAAGCGCUUUGUAAAUUAUGUCGUUGAGGGGCUUCAGCUCGAGUGGGUUUUAUGGGGAAAGUAACCAAAAACGGAAUAAAAGCACUACCGUAUGGCAGGACAUAAACAUGUGUGUUCGAAAGUUUCCGAGCUUGGGGCACAAUGGCUGCUCUGCCUUUAAUUAAAUAUUUACAAACCUGGAGGUUGCCGCGGUGUGAAAGUAAUUUGAGUUUAAUAUUCAUGCUAAUUUAAAUAUGAAAACGCAGUUCGCGGAUUACAGUGCGUAUACGUAAUGCUUACCUUGAUUGCUGGUUUUCAGAGAACUUUAGAUGGGGGUUUGAUUUGAAUUACAUUAGUGGUAUGCGGAUAUACGUUUUAAAACGAAUGGUAGUUUCGUCUGUGACAUCAGUUCAGUUUCAAAAGGCCAUAAAAAAUGAGGCAAAUAAAACUCUUAGUCUGGUUACUGGUCGGCGGAGUGGUUUCCUCAACGGAACAACUCCAAUUCCUAAAGAAUUUCCUAGAAGCGGUGCACAAAGAGAGAUAUAUUUCAACUAUUCUUCUAAUGCAAAGGAAAGUCCAUAAACACUAUUUUCUGCACGGACUUUACCCCAUAUCCUGGCCUAUAAUUCGCUUUGACGAAACUAAAAGAGUUGAACUAGUAAACAAUUUUAACAAGGACAUCCUGGCUCUGGAUUUCAAUCAUAUUAGAGAUGCGAGGAUUAUGAUCUGGUUACAGAUGAGCCCUUCGGAAACUUUUCUUCAAAAUAUUGUUUUUCAGGCAUCUGAGCAAAAGUUUCUUAAUCUCGUGGUAAUAGAAAAUACAUUAAAAACUCGACGAUUUUAUCCAUUUCCCCAGCCAAUGGUGCAAGUUAUCGACAAACCUUUCGAAGAAAAGGAAAUAUAUCCCGCUCUUUGGCGCAACUUUAUGGGCAAAAAUGCAAUAGCUGUGCCCGACUUGGUGCCACCACGGAGCUUCUAUUCUUUUAAUCCAAAAACCGGUCAUAGAACGCAAAGUGGAUCUGUCUACAAAGUCUUUAAAGCCUUUACGCAGAGAUACAAUAUUACCAUGCUCUUGAAAUGGCCCCUCAACACAAAUACUACCCAAAAGGAAAUUAUCGAAAGGACUGUUCGGGGAGAGAUUGACUUACCACUAACCGGGCAGUUGAUUAGCUUUAGACACCCAAACGGAAGUAGGGCUCAGCCUCUUUUAGGAAUGACAGCCCUAUCUAUCGCCGUUCCUUGUGGUCCGGAGUUGCCAAUGUUUGAUCGGUUCUUUUUGGUCUACGGACACUACGUCCUGCUAAACAUCAUAGAGAUCAUACUUGGAACCCUAAGCGAUCGAGUCAAACGCCAUCCAAGACAUGAGAAGAUCCUAAACCUGGUGCUCAACCUACGGGUGUUCAGUUGCAUUCUGUCCCUGCCCACUCCACAAGGGAAUCGACUUAGGUCCGUCAAUGGUCAGCUGACCAUGGUGAUGAGUAUCACAGGCCUCAUUCUAUCCUGCAUUGUGGCAGCACAAACGAGUACUAUUCUCACCAUGAAGCCCCAAUACCGGCAUAUCAAGAACUUUCAGGAACUGCGCGACAGUAACAUAACCGUGGUUUGUAACCACCUUAACUACAUACAGCAAAUGGAUCCCAAGUUUUUAGCCAAGUUCAUGCAGAACAUCUGGAUUGUGAGCAGCAUUGAGCAGAUGAAGAUGAUCUUUGAUUUGAAUACGAGCUACGCCUUCCAGACAUUCUCCUAUAAAAGAGACCCCUUUACGCUGCUUCAAAUGCACACUACCCGUAAGGCCUUUUGCAGGACCACGAAUCUAGAUGUGGUCAGUGGACUCGCUUAUACUGCUGUUCUCGAAAAGAAUUCGAUCUACGCUUUGCCCCUGCAGGACUACACCCUUCAGGUCUUUAGUGCCGGUCUGGUCUAUUACUGGGCGGAAGAGGCUAUUCGGGAUCUUAUCUCCACCGUGAGGCACUCACAAUUGGAAAAGCUACCCAUUGUAACCGGAUAUCAAUCUCUGAAGCUGCAGGAUUAUAAAGGCUGUUGGAUGAUUCUCCUAAUCGGUGGCGCUCUAGCCUUUUGUGUAUUCAUCGUGGAAGUUGUCGUGGGCUCCAAAUAGCGAGAGAUAUGAAAGACACUAGACAGCAAAAUAUGUUAUAAAAUGUUAAAUAUUAUAAAUCAUAAUCAAAUUGCAAUUUUAAAUGCUUAGUUUGCUUACAAAGCUUCCUUAACUUAUAAAAUAUAAAUUGUAUGUCUUAAUCAAAAAAGCACCGCAAUUUUCAAAUAUAAAGCAGUCAUUUUAAAAGGGGGUUGCCAAAAGCGUAUACCUUUCUUAUCUAUUUUCACAGUGAUAAUUGUUGUAUUAAUAAUAAUUUCAAUAAAAAACCUCAGAUUGCGUAGUUGAGAUGGAAUAUGUAGCGUUUAAAUUGAUUACAGGCUGGCAGAGCUUUUUAGAUGGGCGUCCGAUUUAAAAUGCAUUAUUGCUAAUAUGCACGGAUAUGACUUUAAAAUGGGAAUGCACAAUUCCAAGUGAUUUUAGUUCACUAGAAUUAAUCCAGAAGUCAUGAGGGAAGCUCAAAUGAUUAUUUUCUUGUUGGCAAGUGCUGCAGCAGUGACUGUGAAACAAUAUGAGUUCCUUCAAAGUUUCCUGAAAGCAGUGGAGCGAACAAACGAUAACCACUCUUCUGAUGAUGCAAAGCCACGUUCAGAAAAAGAAUCUUUUUCAAGGAAUAUAUCCGUUACCCUGGCCCAUAAUCCAUUUGGAUGAAACUCAAAGAAUUGAGUUGGUUAACCACUACAAUAAGGGAAUCAUGGCUCUGCUCUAUAUGAAUUCUGAGAAGGAUAUAUUGCUUCUCUCAUCAUUGGUUGCCAAUUUAGAUCACAUGCGAGAGGCCAGGAUUGUGAUUUGGCUUGGUCUCGAGUCUACGGAGAAGCAGAAACAAGCAGAUGUGCUCAAGUUCCUUAAUAUUUUGCUAAUAGAAAGAACCUUACAACUUUUGCGCUUUUUUCCAUUUCCUCAGCCGAAGUUCGAAAGACUCGAUAAGCCCCUUGGAAAGUCUAAUAUUUUCCCAGUUCUAUGGCAUAAUUAUAUGGGAAAAAUUGCUUUGACAUUAGAUCACUUGGUGGAACCGCUAAGUUUCUACUGGACGGAUCCCAGUACGAAUGUAAAACGACACACUGGAUAUAUAUACAAGUUGAUUACAAAUUUUGCCGAGCAGCACAAUAUCACUUUGCUACUGGACAGUCCUCCCAGCGAAGAAAUGUCCCAAAU